AUGGAUCAAACACAGAGAGGAAUCCUGGGCCAGCCCCUGCCCAUCCCCACCUCCCAGCCCAAGAAGAAAAGGACGUCAAUGAUGUCUUUCUUUUCCAAGGUCUCUUGGACACUGAGGUUCCAGAAGCGGGAGUCUCUGAAGAAUGUGUUCUCCAACUUGGCAGAAAGAGCCCAGGACCCCAACGCUAAAAAGCGUCACAUGGCAAUGAGAGGCCUGGGAACCAUGGCCUGUGAGACCCCGGACAAGGUGAGAAAGUAUAAGAAAAUUGUCCUAGAUCUGCUGGUGCAUGGACUGUAUGACCCUGUGAGUGCUGAAGUUAUCCACGAGAGCAUGAAGACUCUGACCAUCAUCUUGGGCAAGAUCCAGGGGAAAAGUCUGGGCUCUUUCUUCGUAGACAUCACUCUUCAGACCAGGACUUUGUUAGAUGACGAGAAUGACAACCUGAGAUAUUCAGCCUUUGUCUUGUUUGGGCAAUUGGCAGCCUAUGCUGGGCGGAAAUGGAAGACAUUUUUCACCAGUCAGGUCAAGCAGACUCAAGAUUCCCUCCUGAUACAUUUACAGGACAGAAAUCCCCAGGUUGCCAAGGCUUGCAAGACAACAUUUCGAGCCUGUUCUCCAUAUCUGAAAGAAAGAAAGGAAAACAGCUUCCAGACUGAAGAAGAUCAAAGGAACCCUAAACUCUGCCGGCAGCUGGUGAAGCCAGCCGCCGUGUAAGAAGCCAGAUUACCAGGAACAAAGAAGAAUGUCUGAGAUCACCAUUUUGGAGGGAAGAACAAGCUAACGGCAUGGAAUGCCAUGUGGAGGAGAGCCGAGGGGCCCAAUCCACAAUGAAGUCUGAGGUCCCGACACGUGACGCAAGUGGGCCAUUCCAGCCAGACCCUGGCUGCACAAGCAACACAGCUGAUACCAGCUGUCCCCAUGAAGCCCCAUCCCAAAUGGCAAAAUUGUAAGCAAGUUAAUCAAAUGAUUGUUGUUUUAAAUCACUAACUAAUGGGAUAGUUUGUCACUCAGCAAUAAGUAACCAAAAGAGGUUCCUUAUCAUUAAUUUUGUCAUUUGGCCAGUUUUGUUUUGCUCUUAAUAAGUCCUCCUUGAGUUUAAACUUUAUUUCUAGAAAGUUACACUAUGAUGGAAUUCCGUGGUGAGAGCAAGGGAUGCCUUGCUUUUGGACCACAAGCCCUGCCUUGUUUUCUUCCUUGUUUUCCUUUUUGUAUCUCACUGGGUAUAUCACAGGAUCCAGCACAUAGCAGAUGAUCCAGAAACAUUUGCUGAAUGACUAAAUAGUUGCAAAUUGUUGCGGGAACAGAGUCCAAACUAGUUUGCUACUCUGGGCUCUCAGCCAUGGGCUCACACUCUUCCUUUCCAGCUUUUUCUUCUGUUACUCUUUUUUGCUUUAGCCAAGCUUGGCUCCUCUCUCUUCUUUAAACACUUCUUGGUCUCUUAUGCUCCUUUGCCUUUGCUCAGUCUGUUCCUUUUGCUUUGAAUUCCCUCCCGCCCAGCCAUACAUACUCACAGGCACACCCAGACACACAUUUCAGGUGUCUAUCUUAUCCCUUCUCUAAGGGAUCCUCUCAAUCAGGAAAGAGCUCGCAUCUCUGAAUUCCCAGAACAUUCUAGCAGUCUUAUGCCACUCAACAUGUUUUAUCUCAUUUGCAAGAUUUUAACCUACAUGUCUUCCCCCCCCAACCCCCAACCCCGUUCGAGUGAAGCUGCUGAAGGAAGGAUCUUACCUCGUAUAGCUUUGUAUCUGUCACAUGACCUCAAAGAUAGUAAGUGCUUAGUAAAUAAAUGUGGAUUGGGGAGAAAAAAGUCAGGAAGUCAUCUGAAGCUACUCCUCCUUGGGAGAAGCCCAUUUUGUCAAAUGAGGGCCAUCAUUUCUCUCCUUAUAACCAAUCUGCGGGUGACUUUUAUGCUUGUGUAUUUUAAGUACCCCUUUCCCCAUAAGAUGCCUGUUCGUUUGCUAAUCUAAAGGUAAGGCUUUGACAUUUCUUACUUUUAAACUCUAGAUAUGCACCAGUUGAGUGAAUUAAAGAAAGAAAAAGGGAUGUUCAGGUGCUACCAUGCUAAGUGCUCAGGGUAGAGAUCCACAUAAAACUUGGUCCCCGCUUUCCCGUUGCCCACACGAUGGGCCUUUCUUAAAGGGGAGGAGAAAGGAGAGAAAGACAAAGAAGGACGUGGAAAAUCUAAGAGGUAAUCAGUACUGGUACUCACUGUGAACAGAAUCCAGUGGAAUUCCAGUCCAUAGAGUUGAGUUACAAAAAGCACAAGUGCGUUUUACAAAGAGAGAAACAGUAGCUGGGUGGGGACAGCGAGCAGAUAGUGCUGGAAAUGAGGCAAAUAUGUAUUUGUGCUUUUCUGCAUUUUCCAAGUUUUCUGCCAUAAGCAUGUAUUACUUUUGUAAUCAUAGAACACAUGCAAAAAUGCUCUUUAAAAUAAAAAUGAAAUGUUUAUCGGUAUGUAAAGUGGUAUGCUUUGGAAAGCCUGGGAUGGUUAUUGCUCACUCUUGGUAGUACGUGUUUGCCUUUGUCCUUUUGUGACAUUUUUGCUUUAGCCUAUCGAUGACAAAUAAAAUGACUUA